AUGGGAUACUUCAAAGAGCUCAACAUUGCCAUCUCCGAUAUGGCCUGCUCUGCGGUGAUCACACGCUUUGCUCAGUGGUGGAAUGUAGAAGGAUCUGGAAUUGAGAAGAUCAGACUGAUAGAUCAGCAGAACUGGGAGUUGGAUGAGGAAGAGGCGAUGAAUAUUGACAUUCUGGAUACUCAUCGACCGUGGCAUGAUAUUGAACAAUUCACAUUCGAGUUGUCGCUCUUUCCCCAGCUACGCGUUCUUAUCAUCGACACUCCAUUCACCAUUCAGCCACUAUCGCUUACUCUUCCAAAGUCGGAAGAAAGGACAAUCACCGACUAUUUAUUCCAGGAACUUCCACAGCUUCGACAUUUACACAUUGCUCAUUCUGAGCUCAGUAUAUUUCAUAACAUCCCGGACCAUGAGGGCUUCAAUGGCUCUCAAUUCACUGGACAUCGUACGACCGAUGGAAUUGUCGAAUAUGAAUGA